GCCGUACCUGCUGUGCAUUCAUCUAACAUCGUGUAACCAGAUAGCGCAAGACACUCUGGACACUCAAGAAUAAACAAAAAACUAUCAGCCCACAAGCAAGCAUCAACACCACUGACAGCAUUCUUGCCGAACACUCGUAACUGCUCAUAUUUGGUGUUGUCAUCGCAUCAUCGACAUCGUACCUCUUCUUUGUAGCUCUGCUUCCAUCUGGUCGGAAACUGCUAUCACUACUCGACACCAUCGAGAUGCCUGUCACCGUACUCUCAGAUCACGAUGUGCAAAGAGUACUGCAUUCUCUUACCAGCGAGGAUAUCGACGACAUCCAGCAAUCUCUUGCCGAUGCUUUGCAUCAAUAUUCCACAGCUGGCGAGGAAGAUGGCUGCUGUUCAGCCUAUCAACCUCAAAGAAUACACAUGGACCGAACUGAUGGAGCGACAAGCUUGUUCAUGCCGGCAUCUAGCAGCUCCGGCAUGGGUGUCAAAGUCAUCACUCUAGAUUCAGUCAAGAAGCCCGAAACUACUCCAGAUCUCAAACGCCUUUCGAUCGGAUCAACAAAGUCGACACAAACGAGUUCCACGAGCGGCUCCAAGUCUCGGCCUACUUCCAUGUCUGGAUCGACACUUGCUCCAUCCAUAUCUCAGGAGUCCAAGCCACCUACAGCGCCCCGCGGCUCAUUGACUCUCUUCGACCGUCAAGGUAAUCCUAGUGCCUUGAUCAAUGCUGAGGAGCUUACAGCCUUCCGCACUGCUUUGACCAGCUGUAUGCUUCUCAAGAGAAGACACAAGGUGCAUGACUUGACUGUCUUCGGUGCAGGAAAGCAAGCGUACUGGCACGUUCGCCUAGCUCUACUCCUCCGUGGCUCGGAAAUUCAUCAUGUCAACAUCAUCAACCGCUCGUUUGACAGAGCACGGGAGAUGUUGAUGAAGUUGUACAACCCGUUCCCUGAUGACCCAGACUUCGAGAAUCCACUAGGCCACAAGUUCGGUAGCAAGACGAAGACGAGCAUCCUCACCACCGGUCAUGCCGAGUAUACUCGUUUGCUGAAGGAGUAUGUUCGCAGUGCCAAUAUCAUCUUUUGCACGACUCCAAGCACGCAGCCACUGUUCCCGCCUCACUAUCUACUAAACCCUGAGGGCCGUAAGAAGGGUCGCUACAUAGCUCUCAUCGGUUCAUACAAGCCACACAUGAUUGAGCUGCAUCCAGAUAUCAUCAAGAGCGCUGUAGCACCUCACCACGAACAUCGCCACUUCCACAAGCAUCAGAAGGAGGGUGGAGCAAUCAUUGUCGACAGUGUCGAGGCAUGUCUACAGGAAGCCGGCGAGCUCAUCCAAGCAAAUGUGCAGCCCGACCAAGUGGUCGAGAUUGGUGAAUUGGUAAUGCUGAGGCGUGAGGCCGAAAAGGCCGCUGCCGAUGCAGCAAGGAAGGGAGAUGUCGAUAACAAGGGCGAUGGCAUCCAAGUUUCUGACGAUUCGGGCUUGAGGGAAUGGCUUUGCAAGGGUAAUGUCAUUGCAAAGAUUGUUGGACUGGGUCUCAUGGAUGUGGUUGUUGGCAAUGAAGUAGUGAGAAUCGCUCGCGAGCGUGACAUUGGCACUCACAUCGCAGAGUUCUAGGUACACAUUAUGAGAUCACUACUUUUACCAUUCCAAACGUAUCCAUCGAAGACACUCUCAGGCGUGUGUGCUGACCACUGUAUCGUCGAGAUGUACUACCAGAGACAUAGCCUCCUCUCUAGUCGAUUUCCUAGAGGAAAGACAAGAAACAACAAACAAAUCCAAAUUCGCUUCC